UGAUAUCUCCGUAGGAGAGGAGGUGGCCAUAAAGCUGGAAUGUGUGAAGACCAAGCACCCACAGCUCCACAUCGAGAGCAAGAUCUACAAGAUGAUGCAGGGAGGAGUGGGUAUCCCAACGAUAAAGUGGUGUGGGGCGGAGGGCGACUACAACGUGAUGGUGAUGGAGCUGUUAGGACCUAGUCUGGAAGACCUGUUCAACUUCUGCUCCCGCAAGUUCUCCCUCAAGACGGUCCUGCUGCUGGCGGACCAGAUGAUCAGUCGUAUAGAGUACAUCCACUCUAAGAACUUCAUCCACAGAGACGUGAAGCCAGACAACUUCCUGAUGGGCCUGGGCAAGAAGGGCAACCUGGUGUACAUCAUCGACUUUGGCCUGGCCAAGAAGUACCGCGACGCCCGCACACACCAGCACAUCCCCUACCGCGAGAACAAGAACCUGACCGGCACCGCGCGCUACGCAUCCAUCAACACUCACCUGGGAAUUGAGCAGUCUCGUCGUGAUGACCUGGAGUCUCUUGGCUAUGUCCUGAUGUACUUCAACCUGGGCAGUCUGCCCUGGCAGGGCCUGAAGGCCGCCACUAAGAGACAGAAGUACGAACGCAUCAGUGAGAAGAAGAUGUCUACCCCCAUCGAGGUCCUCUGUAAAGGAUAUCCAUCGGAGUUUGCCACGUAUCUGAACUUCUGCCGUUCUCUGCGGUUCGAUGACAAGCCCGACUACUCGUACCUCAGACAGCUAUUCAGGAACCUGUUCCACAGACAGGGCUUCUCCUACGACUACGUCUUCGACUGGAACAUGCUCAAGUUUGGCGCCAACAGAGCAGCGGAGGAUGCAGAGAGGGAGAGGAGAGCUGGUGAGGACAGACUGAGACAGGGACAGGCCAGGGCCCCUGCAGGGGCCAGGGGGAUCCCCUCCGCCUCCGGACGACCCAGAGGAGCACAGGACGCAGCCGCACCCGCACCCCUCACACCCACCUCACACACAGGUAUGGAGCGAGAGAGGAAGGUCAGCAUGCGUCUUCACCGUGGAGCUCCUGUCAACAUCUCCUCCUCAGACCUGACUGGACGACAGGACUCACGCAUGUCCACCUCACAGGCUCUCUCUCGUGUCACCCCCAGUGGCCUCCAGUCAGCAGCCCCUCGAUGAGUCCCUCUGUCCCCAUCACCACCACCACCAUCACCCUGGAGGGUUUAACCAUGCACGGCCCUAACCAUACAACACACACACCAACACACACACCAACACCUGGAGGACGCUUACUGAAACAACCAGUCAACCCAUCAGAUGCCUGGACUCUUACACAAUCAACCAAUCAAAAGGCAGGACAAGGACCUCGUCAUCCGCUAGCAACUCCAUCCAUCCAACCAGCCAAUCAAAACACACAGACUGAUGCUCUGCCUCUUUAACAUCAACGGAUCUCUGCUAAGUAACAAGCUCCAUGCUGUUGUAACAGGGUGGACGAGACACACACACACACACACACACACACACACACACACACACACACACACACACACACACACACACACACACACGACUCAGAGAGCGUUCAGCCGUGCUCAUCGGGGAUAGAGGAGGAGAAACAAGAGAGGGGGGAAGGAGGGAUUGUGUUGCCCCUGGCACACCCAGAACAGUCACUGCCCCCCCCCCCCCCACCCCUCUGCUUUCGUGAACCCCAGCGAGGACACUGACAUGGGGAACACAGACCUGCUUAACGCCCCUUACACACCUCCUCCUCCAUCACUUCUCUCCCUCUCUCCUCCUCCAUCACUUCUCUCCCUCUCUCUCUCCUCCAUCACUUCCCUCCCUCUCUCCUCCAUCACUUCUCUCCCUCUCUCCUCCUCCAUCACUUCUCUCCCUCUCUCUCCUACUCCAUCACUUCUCUCCCUCUCUCUUCUACUCCAUCACUUCUCUCCCUCUCUCUCCUACUCCAUCACUUCUCUCCCUCUCUCUCCUACUCCAUCACUUCUCUCCCUCUCUCCUCCUCCAUCACUUCUCUCCCUCUCUCUCCUACUCCAUCACUUCUCUCCCUCUCUCUCCUACUCCAUCACUUCUCUCCCUCUCUCUCCUACUCCAUCACUUCUCUCCCUCUCUCUUCUACUCCAUCACUUCUCUCCCUCUCUCUUCUACUCCAUCACUUCUCUCCCUCUCUCUCCUACUCCAUCACUUAUCUCCCUCUCUCCUACUCCAUCACUUAUCUCUCUCCUACUCCAUCACUUAUCUCUCUCCUACUCCAUCACUUAUCUCUCUCCUACUCCAUCACUUAUCUCUCUCCUACUCCAUCACUUAUCUCUCUCCUACUCCAUCACUUAUCUCUCUCCUACUCCAUCACUUAUCUCUCUCCUACUCCAUCACUUCUCUCUCUCCUACUCCAUCACUUCUCUCUCUCCUACUCCAUCACUUCUCUCUCUCCUACUCCAUCACUUCUCUCUCUCCUACUCCAUCACUUCUCUCUCUCCUACUCCAUCACUUCUCUCUCUCCUACUCCAUCACUUAUCUCUCUCCUACUCCAUCACUUAUCUCUCUCUCCUACUCCAUCACUUCUCUCUCUCCUACUCCAUCACUUCUCUCCCUCUGUCCUCCUCCAUGCUGAACCAGAUGCUCCUCCCAGCCAGACAGUUCUCCUCCAGAGUUGCUGUCCUAAUAAAACCAUCAGCUUGUUUCUCUUUCCUGUUGUCUUUUACUUUAUUUACUUGACUUUUCCUCUGUUUGUGUUUUAGGUGAAGUAGAUUAAAAGUUGUUUGUACAGGCAGUGUUCUGUUCUGACUCCACUGACUGUGUGUUGCUGUUUUUAUACGGUUGCCAAUAUCAACUGACUCAUGCCAAUCAUAAAUUGUGUCUAAGUGAAAAGUCAAGUGUGUUUUCUGUUUUAAAGAGGGAGACGAUGGAAGUAAUAUUGAAUGAAUAAGCCCUAAUUGAAACUCUGAAGGUCAUGUGAGUGAGGUCUGUUUGUGCAGCGGGAGAUGGCCUGGGUUCCAUUUUGUGUCCUCAAAGACUCUCUUAAUCCCCACAAUGCAAUGCCUAGAAUGAGAGUACUAUUCUCCAACUGGACAGCGGGUUUGUAGAAAUGUAACAAUUUCCGGAGGGAAGACGUUUAACGCGUCCCAAACAUCACCCUGCUCCCUAUGGGCUCUGGUCCAUUUUAUUGGUCACAUACACGUGUUCAGCCGAUGUGGGUGGAGCUACAUGCUUGUGGACUGAAUAGGGAAUAGGGUGCUGUUUGAGACGUGUCCCUCUCUGUUGUUUUUAAAGGGGACUGGGAGAAAGCAAAUCCUCUACUGUUCUGAAGGUGAUUGUGUGUGUGUGUAUGACAGUUGGUUGUCCAUAGGGAUGGGAUGGGGGGGGGGGUGCUGAUGUCUUCUCUGCUAGUCGGUCUGUUUCUCCAUCACCUCGUCUCUCUUCAGCCUCCUCUUCCUCUUCUGCUGUUGGUGUUCUGGGGCUGAAAGCUGUGAAUCACCCACUCUCAUGUAGCAGUUACUUUUGUUGUUGAACUUGUUGGUCAGUUAAAUGUGUGUGUGUUGGGGGGGGGGGGGGUCUGCUUUAAAACACCUAUUUCAACCUAUGCUUUCAAUCCACCACAAUCUCAAACUUUAAUUUUUUACUUUAUCAAUCAAUAUUUUAAAAUGUUUUUAACGUAAUGUGAUAAUUGCCAAAGGGCAAAGUCGGGUCUGGUGAAUGUUCAGGGGACUAUCGACCAAUGCUACGUCUCCCCUCUCUCUUCUGCUUGUCCUAUUGGUUAGUUCAGGAAGAGGGCCAACCCACUGGUCACAUCAUUCAGUGUAGUACUGCCUCAGGGUGCUGUAGGCCUUUUCUGUAGUCUGGGUUAAAGAGGGGUUUAGUGGUCGCCUGUUCCUGGAUCAGUUUGUGCUGUCUUGUCAACUUUAUCACUCAGUGCAUUAUAAUGAGUGACAAGGAGUUGGCAAGAGAGUCCAACCAGAUCUGGGACCAGACUAGUUUAGUGCGUCUGUCUUCUGUUGUCAUGUAUAUAGGAUGUACCUAGUACUCGACGGUGAAAUAUCAUGUCUGCAUUAGGAGCUGGUAGCAGUUCCAGGAUCAGAUGUAUCGUUUUCCUCCUAAUGGUUCAGGUUAGGAGUUAGUUGGAUCCUGAUCCUAGAUCUGAGGUUAGGAUUCAGUUCUACGUCCAGCUCUGUAUUAGCCACUGUGUGUAGUAUGAUGAUGAAGGUAGUGUAUGGGAGGGGGGUUGAAUGCUUCACUCCAUUGUAGUUUUGGGUAAGUUAGUUUUAAACCCUCGAACCGACCGGCUGGUGGUCUCAAAAAAAAAAGAACCUCCCACCUCAUUCUCUUCAGUGUGGGAUUGUGGGUAAUGACGAUAAAGGUACACUUGUGUUAAGUACAGUUCUUUACGUGGGAUCUCGUUUCUAUCUGGGUACGUCAUGUCUUUCCUUCUCUCUCUUUUUAUUUCCUUCUUGUUUUGUGUUUGCAUAUCUACGUGGGGACGGACUCCGGAAACCUUGCGUUGGUUCCCACAAUGCAUCACUCACUGAGUCAUGGGAAGUCUUGUCGUCAGUUUUGCUCAUCAUUUGUAAUGCCACUGUAUUUGUGUAUUUUAAAAUUGUGUAAAUAAAUGAAUAAGUCCUUGUA